GACGUCCAGCGCACAGCAGCCAGUCAGUCGGUCAUAUACACACACACACGGAUUCCAGUCAUCUGCAGAGAUCCUCUCUGUCGCUUUUUCUAUUGACAUACACCGUUGCGGGAAACCAGUACGGAAUGGGAGCGAAUAACUCUUGUCGACUCACAACCGGCUGGAGAUAAGAGGGCGUAAACGCGAAUAAAACCGACAGAGGGGAAAAAAACAGACUGGGAGCGAGAGAAGGCCGAACCCAUCGAGGCAGCGCAAGACAGUUCAGUUAUUCACGCGACGGGCGCGCGGCGCUCGAGUGGAAUCCGGUCUGAAACCGACGAGCACGAAAACGGCCACGUUAUCUAACCGUACAUGUGGAUUACCCGUGAACUGAACAUUUCUUCAUUUCUCACUCCUUAGAAACCACAAAGCCGUCCGGUAGCGACAGACCUUCCGCGGAGAGGUCGGUGACUGCCUGGACUCAACGCCCCAUGAUGCACAGCGUUUGUGCUGGGACCACACCCACUUUUAGCGUGUAGAGUAAGUUGCAUCGUCAGCAUGUCCUCGCACCCUCAGCCAAUGCCUCAGGGUCAGAGAGCUGUGGAUGCCUGUCACCUUCCCAGUCCAGCCACGCUUCCUCUGCAGGAUGUUGGUGGACUGGUGGACUACCACCCCGUUGCUCGGGAAUACAGUUCCCAUCUGUCUCAUGCAUCCCUGGCCCACCGUCGCAGACCGUCCCUUCUGUCUGAAUUUCAGCCAGGCAAUGAAAGAGGUCAAGAGCCCCACAUCCGAUACGACCACAUUUACCUGCACGAGCACAGCAGCCAUUCAGAGGUGGAUUACUCUGAAAUGAAGAGGCCUCGCUUGGAAAUCGGGGCGGAGUCUCUUAUUCGUCAUCAGACUCAUCGGCAGGCUCUCACUGUGGCCGGAGCUGAGGAAAUGGCAAAGGAGCACAGCAGCAGCAGUUCCAUUGGAAAAAUCGAGCCCGUCUCUCCUGUGAGCCCGGUACCCAUGGAGCCCGAUCUGGACCUGGUUCCCACCCGUUUCUCCAAAGAAGAGCUGAUCCAGAACAUGGACCGCGUGGACUGGGAAAUCACCAUGGUGGAGAAGCAGAUCUGUAAACUGCGUAAAAAACAGCGACAGCUAGAGGAAGAGGCUGCAAAACCCCAGGAACCAGAGCGUAACGUCUCCCCUCCACCCAGUGAAGCCAAACACCGCAGCCUUGUCCAGAUCAUCUAUGAUGAAAACAGGGCACAAGCCGCUGCAGCAGGAGCGCAGGCCGCGGGAGUCCCCCAGCCCGGAGCGGACACUGUCCCAAACACUGCUGUACUGCAGCUACUCAAAAAAACGACACUUCCCUCUCAGACACGUGUGCCGGCUCCAGGACCCAUCCAGGCUCAGCCAGGUCAAACCGCCCAGGUGACGCUGACCAAACCCCCUCCCGUAGUCUCUGUUCCUGCCGUGGUGUCGUCCGCUGGGGUCACGACCCUUCCCGUAGCUGGCAUUAGUGUUGCCAUCGGACAGGCUCAGAAAGCAGGUGGUCAGGUGGUCCCCCACCCGUUCCAGGUUGAACAUGUUCAGCAGCUAUUACACAGACAGAAGCAGCAGAGCCCCGCCCAGCAACAGACUGUUGUGGUGACCCCUGCAUCUGAGUCUCCAGUACAGCAGGCUGCCACUCCUCAGCCCCAGCAGGGCAAAGGAAACACCCACACCGGGGCCGCCAUGAGUUCAAAGACCCGUGCCAAACCUAGCGGUGGCAGCUAAAGAGGCGGACGUAUACGGGCACAACAUACAACAUCCGUUUUAUGUUUUGUAAAGACGGUGGUCCUCAACCAUAGAUGUUCCAGCAGGAGGGGCACCAACUGUAACAGACAGCAGUUGAAGUACAUGUGACUGGCCUGUACUGUAAGGCCAGUCGUGCUAUUGCGACACGUUUUAACCCCUCUGUAUGUGUUUCUGUACUGUCCAGAAGCAGGAUAGUUCAGACUGAAUUCAUGUUUAAGACACUCAGUAUAUGAUGGCUCAUUUUGUACGAAGCUAUGAAACGCUUGCUGUUGUUAUUCUACCACGCUACAAUGUUUAGGUCAUGGAUGAAGUGAGCUCGGAACGUAAACGCCACCGACCUUCUGCAACACUUCAUUUGGUUAAAAAUAUAUAUUUCUAGUAUAAGAAUUGAGUAUUUACAUUAGCUUGUAUCGUGCAGAUCAAAACUCCCCCAAAACGAAUUAUUUCCAUACAGGUUUAUUUAGUUAGCGAACGUGUCGUUUGAGAACCCAGGUAGCAAAAUGUCUCUGGCCCAUGUAUGGGCCACAUAAGUGCUUUCGUUCUGGCCCAGUAUACGCCUGGGUCCUCGGCCCAAAUCUGGCCCACACACUAUAAGCCGAUUAGAACUACAGGGUGUGGGCCAGAUACUCCCAUACUAUACAGCAAGUACAAAUAUGGAGUGUGGGCCAGAUUUGGCCCAGAAAAUACUCAAUAUAUGUAUGUCUCUGGACCAUGUAUGGGCCACAUAAGUGCUUUUGUUCUGGCUGAGUAAAAGCUGGGGUCCUGGGCCCAGAUCUGGCCCAAAAACUGUGUACCGAAUACAACUAAUGGGAUCUGGCCCACAAACACCUUCUAAUGAAUACAAAGAAUAAGUGAGGGCCAUAUCUUGCCCACACAACAUAAACACAGUACAACAAAUGGACGUGGGCCGUAUCUGGCCAAUACUCUAGUACAGAUGGAAAUGAUCAGUGUGGCCUGCAUUUGGCCCAGAAACAAUUAAAUGAUUAAAUGGCCAUGGCCCAGAUUUGGCUCAUUGUUCAAUUAAAAGGAGAAAUUUGUGCUACAGUACCAGAUUGUAUUUUUUAAUUAUACAAAAGCUGUCAUAAUCAAACAAACAAAUAAAAGAAUAUAAAUGAA